UCACUGCACACAACUCUACUGACCAGUAGGGCUUUACAUUUCAACACAAUUCUCAUCCAUUGAUCAUUUUCUGCAUUCUUCACUGCAGACCAUUUCAACGAAGACCCUUUUACAAAAUCUGCAGGAAAUGGACUGACCUCAGAUGGGAUUUAUGUCAUGUGGCGAUGCAUUUCCAUGAUAAUUCUAAUAGAGUCCACCGUGUGGGGACAUGGAACCAGAACCUGAAGAAGCAGAGGAGACAACGUUGGAGUCGGAGAUGUUUGUGAAAACAGUUUGUGACAAACAGGAGAUGAAGAGUGAAGAAGCUAUUUUGCAGCCUUGGCAGGUGUUUGAAGAACCAAUCACGGAGCUGCAGAGAAUGAAUAUUACAGAAAAAGAGGGUGGGAAGAAAGCAGUAGAAGACAACAAGAAUGAAGAAGGAAGUGAGAUGAAAAAUGGAAUGGAUAAUAAAGUGGCAGAAGAGAUGAAGUGUGCUGAAAACUUAAGCAACAUGCCAACAGAUGCUAAUGACUCAAGCAGCGACCCAACCAAUGAGCCCAUCUCCUCAAAUUCUCGCACCAGCCCACCUGAGGCCAAUGAAUCAGACAUAAAGGACAGCAGAAAACUGACAAAGACUCCCAGCUUUGGGAAAACAGUUCGUUUUAUGGAAAUUGAAGCAGUGGAAGAAAGGGACAGCUCAGUGGACACUCUUUUUCCAGACUUUGAGAUAGAAGAGUGGACCACCACCAGCUUUGAGGAGCUGUUUCUGGCAGAUGACUGGAAGGACAUUACAGAUAACCGUCUGCUAAAGAAGAAGGUGUUACAGGCCAGUCCCGAGAAUGUCCUGACCCCGGCUUGGGGUCAAGAGGUCACACUGAAAAUGCAGGGUGUGCUGGAGGAUAGGACUGUGGUGGAGAAAGACUGCAAGCUGGUCUUCAUUAUCGGAGAGGGAGAUGUCAACCAGGUGAGGCACCUGACAGGCAGAGGAGGGGCAGCCGCACACACACUCAAAGCCUUGGAACACCUGCCUGCAUCUUGUCUAUCACCUCGCACCUGCUGCCUGCUGAGUUUUCCAUAG